AUGGUGCACAAAAAAGGCGCCAAGAUCGCCGCCGCGCUUUUUUCACCCGGGGAGGUCCCCCCAUGCCCGGGAAUGGGCGCCGAAUUCGCGCGAAAGGAGGAGGAGGUGGUGGUGGAGAACAUCAUCAACGAGCGAGGGCGCUACGCGGAUCAAUUUCUUGAGCGGUUGUAUUCGGUCUUGACCAGGCGGCCGCUGCCGAUGCGCGGGAUGGCGCGGGUGGAGAGCCCGCCCGCGCUGAUUGCCAUCCGGGGGGAUGAAAUCCACCCCCGACAAGACCGGGCGCGAAGUCGAAAAACCGGGGAAGGAGGGCGUCUUGCCAGGAAAUCCUCCUUCACCGCCAGCGCAAAGCCAAUUCCAUCCCGCUCAACUUCCUCCAUGCAUGACGCGAUUAACAUGGUGGAGUCUGUCGUACGACGAAUUGGGUUUAAGGAAGGUUGGACCUUAUUAGGGGCGAACGAUUUGGGUGAUCUUUACCAUUCUCCUAGUACGCAUAGCAAUCUUUACGCCGAAAUAGAAAAUGCGCCGUAUUUACGGCAUUUCUUAGUCACCCAACAAAACGCCGAGGCGGUCUGGGGGAUGCUUCUAUCCAAUGUCUCGAUCUUAGCGACCUUGGUACGGCGUGAUGUCGGCGCGCUCACGCAGCUUUUUUCUCUUUUUAUCCUCCAAUCCCCGCUCGCGGGGGGCGAACGGGUGGAGAAGCCAGAAAUCACGCCCGCCAUCACUCCAGAUCGCGCAUUUGUCUUUUUCGCCGCGAUUUUGACGUGUUUGGCGGAUGUCGAUCCCCAUUUCGCGACUUUGUCUUUGACGGAGGGUCUUUUGCACGCCCCGGGGAUGGGGGCGUACUUGGCGACGAUGGACCGGACCAUCGCGCAGGGCCUCACGCGGCUUUUAACCGCCGUCGCCCCCCCCCAUCGCGCGAAAUCGCGGCAAUUAUUGCCCGAUAUCCUUUCCACACUUUAUGAAGUUUUAAACUCCGCCAUUUUCGACGCCGCGGGCGAUUCCCCUUUCGUCGCCUCCGCGGAGGUCGAGGGUCGCCAGCGGAUGGUGUGUUUGAUGUGCGCCUUGUUGGAUCACUGCGGGGCGGCAUUUUCACGCGGGGACGGGGCGUCCUCGUGGGGCCUUUCCAACGAUGAUAAAACGGGUUAUCCCUCCCAGGGGAGUACGCAAGGUGGGGAACUCCAUCAUGCGGGGCGUUUUUUGACGGAAAUGUCUCCACUCGUGGCGUAUGGGGUCGAAUUGGGCGGGAUCGCGCGGCAUCACGCUGUCUGCGCGUUGACAGCGGAGUCCCCGAUGCUGCGUUUAUCCGGGGCGGCGUUGUGUGUGCGGAUGAUUCCUCUCCAGCGCGAAAGCGAUUUUAUCGCGCAUAUCUCAAGCAUCGUUCGCCUUUUUUCGCUCAACUCCCUUUCCGGGCCGGCAGGGUGGGAGCCUUCGAGCGAGGGGAAGGAGGUCACGUUGGCCUUUGGGAAUCUCGCCGAGGCCGCGGUGGGGUGGGUGUAUCUCGCGCAGUGGGUGAACGCUGUAUCACGAAAGGCCGCGGAUUACUUCGGCCGAGGGGAAAAACCCGACGCCGCGCGAAAUCGCGAUGUCGUGGAGGGGCUUCUACGGCCUCUUCGCUCAGCUUUGACGGCGUUCUUACGCUCGGAGAGGGCGAUGGGGGGGCCCACGAUGUAUAAAGCGGCGGUCGCGCUGGAAUUUUCCCGCGCUCUUGCCCACACCCACCACGCGAUCGAUAUUCACCCCAACCCUGAAAAAAGCCUUUCCCACGAGGCCGCCGUCUCGACGGAUGUAAACUUCCCGAACGAGGAAGCGGGGGAUUUGGCAACGGUGGACGCGAUCAUGGCGUUUCUCACCUCGCACGAAUCCUCGAAAGCUUGUCAAAGUUUAAUGCGCCCCUCGAACGACGGAGGAGACGCCGACGAUGCGCAUACGCGGAUUUGUCUACCGCAGCCUCCGUUUGGCUAUGAGGUGGCUUUGUGCGGGAUAUUCGAACAGCUCCCGCCACUUCUCCUUUGCGAGGCGAUUCUACGCCGCUACGAGGCUGAUCUCCCCGAUGAUACGAACAGAUCGAUGGAAAGUGGAAAAACCACCUUAAAACUCACCCGCGCGAGUGUGGAUUCGCGUUUUGUGAGCGAUGAAAGUUCCCUGCGGCGUGUGGCGUGGCUUCACCGCGCGUUAAUUACCGGGCGGGGUGAAACCCAUCCACUUUUACCCCCUUCUUUUUUCCUUCAUCCUCCCGAUUCAGCAGAAAAUGGGGGAAAAAAGGAAGAAAAGGCCGCCCCCGAGGCGCAUCUUCCGGAUAAUUCUAAUAAUCUUUAUAAAACGCUGGCGAUGCGUUGGCGAGGGGUUUUAGAACGCAGCGCGAAGGAUCUCUUGCAGGUGAUCGCGGAGGAGCGGAUUUUGCAAAAACAGCGUGCGAAUCGCAUUUUACGCGGGAUGCUCCGCGAGGCCGCCGCUGAGCAAGCCUCGGAAAAUGUGAUGAUUAUCUUUGAUCACUCUGGGAAGGCCCAUCGCGUAAUUCGACGGUGGUUUUUCGACCUCGCACCUUUGCUCACCCCGGCGUAUGAUAUCAAACGAUUUACACGGCAGGGAAAGCCCGACCAAAUGACCACGACAUCAGCCUCAGCGACGGCUGAGAUCGUGCAAGCUGCGUUGGUGUGGUUUCAGGAUAACUUUAACGUCUAA